GGUGAGGGGCGAGAGUUGCUGUGGCGUUGUGGUGGUGAGUGUGCUGCCCGUGUGCUGAAGGGGGUGUCUGAGUGUGUUAAUUGGUCUGCGUGGAGGUGUGGGGUCAAAGAAGCAAGUGACACGGGUGGGAGAGGUGUAGCAGCAUGGGAAGUCUUCAGUCUGACAUUGGGGAGUUGGCUCACCACUUGAAGCAGGAGAAACUCUUCUUAGAGGCAGAAAAGCAUCAGAUACAGCUGCUCAAUGAAAAAGUGAGAAAGACCAUUGAGCGAGCCUACCAUGCAUCUUGGGUGCGUGGGGAGCAACAGAGAAACUACCAUGACUUGGUGCUGCAGCCACACUCCUCCCCACCCACUUGCUGUCAGCGAGCAAACUUGCUCAACCAACUCAAGUUUGUUGAUGGAUACAAAGUUCUGGGAUUCAAUGAGGCCCUUUAUGGGGACCUGCUGUCAGGUCUCCGUGAAAACCCUCGACUCCUGGCGCGAUGCUUGGUGCUCGGGGAGAAACAGAGUCAGGAAGCAAUGCAGAUGGCAGCGAGGACAGUGUUUGCCUCCAUCUAUGCCAACUGUCUCUUGCCUGAUGAUGAGACAUAUACUCUCAACCUGCUGAAGCACCUAAUGGAGCUGCAGCUGGCCACCUCAGAGACCCCGCGGCGCCUCCUGCGUCACGGCUCCUGUGCCUUCAGUCAGAUCUACCGGGCCUAUGUAGACUCUCUGCCUCAGGCCAAGGUUUUCCUGACAGCCGCCCUCCAUCAACCCAUCAUGCAACUCCUGAUGGAGGAUGAACUCUUCCUUGACAUAGACCCCUCCAAAGCUGCUGUUCGCUUCCUGCCAGAGGAACGCACCCGCAGGUUUGGGAAGGAGGGCACUCCGGAGUACAACGCUGCCUUGGCCAAGUACCGAACAUGGACCAUUACCAAGCUUGUCAAAAUCACUGAGAGGUUCAUAGAAAGCAUCAAAGAGGCAAUGAACUGCUUCCCACCUCAGCUGUCCUGGCUGGUCCGGAUCCUGUACGACGUCCUCCUCACAGCCAAGAGAACAGAUACCAGGGAGGUCAAUGCUAUCUGUGUUGACUUGGUGUUUGCCUUCUUUCUCUGCCCAGCGCUGGUCACCCCAGAGCCUUAUGGGAUAUGUGAUGCUCCCAUAUCACACAUUUCCAGUUUCAAUCUGAUGCAGAUUGCUCAAAUUUUGCAAGUCCUGGCAAUGAGCCGAUGGGAGACUCAUGAUCCAAGGCUGUCUGAUCUUUACUCCCACUUUGACAAGGAGGUAAUGUCCAGUGUGGUGGAUGGCAUCCUGGAGGGUGGAGGUACAGAAAUGCCACCACCAGCCUCAUGCCUCAACAGUCCUCUCAGCACACUCAUUCGCUCCUCUUGCCUCAUUCCCGAGCCUCGGCUGCACUCCUUCGUCGCCUUCCUGAACACUGUACUGACUGAAUUGCUUGAUGAUGACAUGAUGCGUAAGGACCUGGAGUCAGUUAUUGGUCGCCUCAAGUCCUCCCACUUGUCUCCAGUCCCUUCCACCAGCUCGGCCAUCUCCACCCCAAACACAACCAAGAAGAAUCUGCUUGGACGAGUCAAGAACAACAGGAUCAAGGCCAACAAGAGUCACAGUGAGGGGAGUGGAGACUCAGACUCCCUAGGAUCACUGCAGGAUUCCACUGGGGGAAGCUCCACCCAGCUACCUGCUCAGGGGAGUCUGGAGGAGGCAGAGCCAGUACAGCCAGCCCUGGACUAUGACACAGUGCUGGUCAUCUCCUUGAACACCUUCAGUCCACCAGAGUGCCCCGGAUUAAUGGCAGAGGAAAAAGUCCUGUCCACAGUCCAGGCAUCCAAGACAACCUCCCGUGUGAGAAUGAAUGUGGAGGAUGAGGGGGACGGAGGAGGGGGAGAGGCCACCAUUGAGAAGAGGACAAGGUUUUCUCUCUCCCAUGAUGAGGGAUCCAUUGGUAAUACCUCAGACAACCUAGAGGCAAUCAGUGAGGCAGCCAGCAACCAUAGUGUUGCCUCUAGCUUGGAUGAUGUUGAGCAGGAGGACCAGCCAGACAACCUCUCAGACAUGGUGUCAGCCAAUGUCUCCGGCCGUGGCACUCCCAAUGUGUCUGGGCGGGACACACCUUCCUCCCAGGUGACAGAGGGGGAGGAGGCUGGACUCAGGGGUGGGGAGGAGAACCAGCCUCCCCCACCCAAUGUUCCUGUCACUGUCCCAAAGUCAGCUGGGGCUGAUAUUGAAGAAAAAUUUGGUCGAUUUGAGAUCAAACCCAUGAUUGGUGGAGAUGAGACAAUCUCCCUUGUGUCAGACACCUGGAGCACUGAUGUGCUGGCCAGUGACUCAGAGACCAUCGAGGCAGCUGACCGGGCUGAUCGUGGAGACCAGUUCCAUGAGCAGCUCCUGAAUCGGCACCUGGCAGAGCUGGAUCAGAUGCAGGGAGAGUACCUCAGUGGUGAUGCCACAGGCGAGACCUUUGAAACUGCCUCUGAGGCCUGGAGUACUGAUGUCCUUGCCUCAGACUCAGAAAGGAUGACUGAGUUUGACACUGAUGAUGCUCAGAGUGUGGCACGCUCAGAUGACACGGGACGGUCUGAAAUGGAGGUGGAGCUUGGGGGAGGAGAUCUCCUGCGACCAGAGCCUCUUCCUCAGGAGGACAACAUUACUCCCCGUGCUCAGGGCUCCCGCUCUCCUGUGGAUGGAGCUGUUGGGGGUAGCAGUGGCAGUGGCAGUGGAGGAAUACUCAAGCCUGUACCUGUCCUGCCACCAUCCCAGCUUGCUGAAACAAGUGGUGUUAUGCCCAGUGGUAUCCUGAAACCCAUCCCAAUGCUAAACAGAGCUGGCCGCCCAGCCACACCUCCAAGAGUGGAGUUCCAGCCCAUCCACCCUGCAGGGGAGGGGGAGAGAAAUCUUAUGGACAGCAGGGAAGGGGAGAGUACAUCUCAGGCUGACCAGGAGGUCGCUUCUGCCACACAGUCCUUGGGACGCCUAAGUCUCAACUUGUCCACAUUGCCCAACAAUGGCAUUGUGUCUGGUGAUCAGCAUUUACUGUUGAACAGCUUCAUUGGGGAGGGAGGGAGAGCAGGACCCUGUGCUCCUUUAAUGGAUCUGGGAGGCAGCAGUGGAUCUGCUGAGGGUAGCCACAUGGCAGUGCACCACAAGCUGGCUGCCUCCAGUGACCGUGGCUCUGGUGAGGACAGCAGCCUGCACCUUAGCACUACCAGCCUGGCAUCCUCCAGCAGCUCUGGCUCAGAUGUGGUUGGAGGCUCAGGAAAGCUAAGGUCUACACCAGGUGUUAAUGCCAGUCCUGCCCCUGAGUCUGGGGAGGUGCCUGAGCCUAAUGCCCCAGGAGGCAGUAUGGCAUCCACGGGAGCCAUUCCAAAGAGCAUCAGCUUUGACAAGACUGCUGAGCGGGGCGACCGUGAUCUGCUUGAUGCAGAUGCUAAACACAAGCGUGGAUUUUUCAAGAACUUCAAGCUUCCUGGAUUCAAGACACGCCGCAAGCCAGGCACCCGGUCUGGUGAUGAAUCCAGCUACAUCCGGGCUGGCCUUACUGGACCAGAUGCCAACAUCCGCCGUACAAUGUCAGAAGAGAAUCGUCCUCCCAUCAUUGAGGAGACCAGUGAUGACAUCCUGGCCAAGUACCGGAACAAGAAGCCCAGUGUGGACGUCUCAGAGACAGAUGGCAACAUGAUGGCUAACCAGCAUAACCUUCCAGCAGGUGAGAUCCCUAAGACAGAGGAAGAUGAGAGGCUGUACAUUGAUCCAGCAAACAUAGAAGCAAGUUAUGCCUUCAUGGAUGCCAAGAGAAAGCUGCGGCUUGUGCUGAGCAUUGCGGAUUUCUCUAUUUCUCCCCAUGUGCCUGAGUUUGGGAUGCCGGGUAGUGCAGACAACAGCAUUGACAGUGAUGUACUCACCUGGCUGCGGUGUCAGCUGGCUGAGGCAACCAAUCUUCAUGACCGCUCCCUGGUGGCCCAACUACAUGAAACUCUCCGCUGCGUCCAGCUGUUUGAUGCAAAGGGCAGAGAACAGCUGGUGAGGAGCCUGAUAGAUGACUACCGCACCCGAUCACCCUAUGUGGCCUACCUGGUGCGCAGCCGACAGGGUCUUCUCACCACCAUAGCACACCUGGAGAAGCUGCUGUCAAGGAUCAAGGCUGAUUCCGUGGUGGUGAUGUCCUCCAUUGUGGGCGUGUGUGUGCGGAUGUUCCUGGAACGGCGGGAUCAGUGCCUCGGCCGCUUCACCCAUGAUUUCACUCUCCUUACUGUGCCUGACGAGAAGGUACAACUGGUGGAGAACUUCCUCACUCAGCUGUACUCAGAGCUGGAGCGUGACCCCAUGUGGAUCAGUCUUUCCCCCGCCCACAUUUCAGGCAGUACCAGGGAGCAGCUAGAUGCCGCCCAGUUAGUGUUGGAACGCGUUGUCAUGUCCCACAUCUACAUUCAUGCUCUCUAUCCCAACGGUGAUGGGGAUGUGUCCAGAGAUCAAGUAUUGCAUGAACACAUGAAGAAACUGGCAGCUGUUAUCACCCCAACUCACAAGGACCUGAGGAUACCCAAGCUGUACCAGUAUGAGUGUCCAUGGCCCAGUGCACAGGCAGAGAUUGUGAGCAUCAGUGCAUACAAGACUCCCGGGGACAAGCUGCAGUGUGUGGUGAGAGCCUCACAGACCAUCAUGAACCUGCUGUCUCUUGCCCACGAGCAGUCAGUGCCUGCUGCUGACGACUUCAUGCCGGUGCUUGUCUACGUCCUUAUCAAGGCUAACCCUCCAGCGCUGCUAUCCACAAUGCAGUAUGUCAACUUGUUUUAUGAGAAGCGGCUCAAGGGGGAGGACCAGUAUUGGUGGACGCAGUUCUGUGCUGCAAUUGAGUUCAUCAAGACAAUGGACUAUCACCUCUGACAUGGUGAGCAGGUGUCUCAAGCUGGACAUUGUUUGUGCCAUUACUAGCAAGGUGAGAACCAUGGCUGUAACCAUUGUUAAAAAUGUGAUCUUUCUCUUGGAUGUACAAGUUAUUUUUCCAAAACUGGGUGAUAUGGAAGACAGCACAAAAAAUCAUGUAGUGGUGAAGGACUAAAGGGAAUUUGGUAAAUAAUGACUGGUCUCUUAUUCUAGGAGAGGUGAGUCUGAUAUUGUUUUUAGGAUUCAGGUUUAUUUUUGUGCAGUAACUGUGAUGCCAGACAGCAAGAAAUGCUCAAGUCUCUUUUGACGUAAGCUGGAAAACUCUCAAAUUGAUUCACAGCAGGAAUCUUCAUGAAUGGGAAACUGGUUAGGUUAGAUGUUGUAUGAUUUUCAUAUUUAAAACAUAUGCAAAAUAUAAAUAGUCUUGUAUUUGAUUUUCUAAGCAUAAUAAUGUAUGCUUCAGGUGAACAUGGUAUUUUAAAGUACAGCUCUCCCCUAGUAUUAGGUCUGUCCUUGAGCACCUCUCCCACCAAAGCCAAACCUGAAAAUUUUACAUUCCACAAUGUCUGUUAUUUUUUGGUACUUCUAGAAUCUAGAUAGUACAGUAAAUUUUUAAGACAUUUUCUAUUGAAAUAGCUUGGCUGGUGUGGAACAGACUCACAGGUGAAGUAUUCGGCCCUUUCAGUCUGUUGUGCAUAGAUUUCUGAUUGUAAUGAGUGAUAUGAUUCAACUGUCUAAAGUAUAUUUUAAUGGCUACUAUUUAAAACAUGCAAAGGUCAUGCCUUGCUUGACAAUUCUAUAACUAAUUUGGCCUCAAAAUUCUCUUUAUCUGAUUUGUGAUUUCUUCAAUUUGACUAAUGACAGUAUUUAUUUAUUUAUUAUUUAUGUAUCUAUUUAUUGAUUUUGAUUUUGUGGAAGAUACAAAGCCUAUCUUGGAGGACCAAACAACUCUUGUGUGGCUACUUGCUUGAUGUGAUACUCAUACCUUAUAUUUUUGUAGUGCGCAUCACCAAAGAGAACUGUGAACACCCUCAAAAGUUUCCUGUUCAGGGCAUUUCAAAGAGAAUAAAAAAAUGAAAGACCUUGUGUGCUUGUGGCUUGCAAGAUGUUGAGUUCAUUCACUUUGUUGAAGUAUGCAUAGCUUGCCAUCUGUGCACUAUCACUCUCUCUCUGAGCUGGUGAGAAUGUCUGUCAUUUUUAAAUGUCACUAUCUUGCUGAAGUUUACUGUUUAAGUAUAAUUUAAAAUCAGGCUGAUGAACUUCCAGUGUGAUCUCUUUUCUCUUCUCACACUUACUGAAAACAGUUGGGUUUGUCACCACACAAACAACAGUAUAAAAAAUUUCCCUUAGUAAAUAUGCCAUCUCUAACCAAAUAUGUCAUUAAGUGUUAAAUUCAGUUCAGUAUUUAAGCAUUUAAUUAAGUGUGUAAGCACAGAUAGAAUUCCAGGUGCUUAUUGAGAUGUUCUGAUAGCCAAGGUGCAAUAAAUAACAAGUGAUAGAAUAAUUACAUAUUGCAAGAAACAAAAAAGCAUAUCAUUGGGUUUGUGUGUGUUAGUGUGGCUGGCAACAUAGAGCAAGGAGGGUGAGAGGACUGCCCUUGACCCCUCCUGCAGUAGUGCUUCCAUUGGUAUUGAUUGGUGGCUUGCUGGUCCGCUGCCUACACCUAUGCUUUUAUUUCAUGACACUGUCCCGGAACGUGGCUGUGUGAAUUGCUUACAUGUGGCAGGCUCUGAGAACUUGCUAGGUGUAAGGAAGUCUGUCCUAAUUUGGAAGUGCCUCAGAGGUCUUGUAUGAUUGAUGAAAAUGUAUUUGAAUAGUUAUCUAUCAUAUCACUGCAUUUAUAUAUUUAUUUCUUAUUUAUAAUGUAGUGUUGUUUUCAUUGGUCACUUAAUGUGCAAAAAUCUGUAGGUUGUAGUGCAUGUAUUUCGUAUGCAUGUUAGACAUACAUUAUCACCUGGAUGUGAUCUGCUUCAUUUAGAUAUGUCAUGCUUUAUCUUAGGAGCUUCAUUAUGUAAGCCUACACCCACCCUAGCACAGGUGAUGGCCAGUGUAUUGUGAUAGCAGCCCUACUGUCCAAGGCACUUGGGAAACUAACACUACUGAUGAAAGGUUGCCGCUGUAGCUUUACAUUACGGACAGUUUAUUAGGACAGUUUGGAGCUUGAGGGUUUCAAUAUGCAAGGGUAUUUUUUUGUCUUAUGUGUAAUUGGAGACUGGAUGCUGCAGCCAGUUAAUUCCUCAAAGGAGAAAUGUGUAUACCUGCAGUGCCACUUGAUGAAGGAAAACACAAUGCUGUACCUUUCAGUAUUUUCAGUGAUAGUGAAGAAUUUAUUUGAUUUGUGGAUUGAGUUUAAUAUAUAAAUAUAUUUUUUGUCAUCUGUUGAUUGAACAAACUGUCAUUAGGGCUAGAUAUGCAAAGGGCAACAAGUAUGAAUAGAAGUCCUGACGUGUUUCAGCUGUAUCAAAAUACUUGAUGGAGGAAAGAGUUUGCAGCUGUAUUGACAGUGGCUAGUGUCAUCAGCCUGGUGUAUAGCCACACUCCAAAGCAAUUUUUGUGUGGUAUAUUGUAAGCACAUCAAUGUCAGUGACAUGAGCAUAUAUUAAAGUGUAAGGACAUAGCAUGUUAGGUUGUAUGGUGGAACCAGAAGUUAAUGAAAGAAUACAGAUCUUGUGGUCUUCCGAGUUGAAAUCCCCAUGAUAACUAUUGAGCAGCUAAGGCACUGCAGUGAUUUCCAUAGGAAUUAGAUUGUACCUGAAAGCAGUGAGAACAGUGUCACUCGUGGUGGUUGCACCUGCCUUGAGAAAUGUGUGCAUUUUGAGCAUAACUGAAAAAAAGAAAAGAAAAAAAAGAUUUACUUGCAAAUACAUAGAGUUUUCUGCUUCCUGUGCCACUAGUAUUACACAGGAGGUGCUAUCCCAGAACCCCUUAGCGAUGAUGUCAUGCAGUGGUGCACACUUGCUUUCUGUUCUCAUACUUGCCAGACACGUUUGUAUUUCUGUUUGUGCUUUUCCCGUUUGUGUCCAAAGCACUUAGAGAUUCACUCGCUUACACUGCCUUUUAUUCUAGACUCCAGCACUUUCUGGGUGUGUGUAUACAUAUGCAUUGUAUUUUGUGGUGCCUAUUUAACUUUAUUUUAUGCUUUGCUACAGGUGAUAAGAAAAGGUGUUAUAGAUACAAGGACCAUAUGAAUUGCAUGUUUGUGUAGAUAAAUAUCCUGCCUUUAUGUCCUGUAUUCUGAUAUUAGAUUUUUGUUUUGUGUUUUUCUAGAGGAAGUUACAGUGAUGUUAUCAUGCAUUUUUUUUAUUUGCUUGCCUUGAAAUUUUCUUGCACAUGAAUUCUAUAUCAAAAUUUGCCAGAUAUGAUGCCUUUUGAGAAUUAUUGCAAACAUUGCAGUCUGCUUAGUGACUAGUAUGUUGUGAAAACACAGGGCUUUGUAGUUUCUGGAAGUGAAUGAGUGUGUGCGGUCAGCUUUGACCACACACACACACACACACACACACACACACACACACACACACACACACACACACACACACACACACACACACACACACACACACACACACACACACACACACACACACACACACACACACACAUGCUGCUUGCUAGCCCAGUGAUAUUUUCCCUGGCUGUCACUCUGCAGACGGAGGUUAGUGAGCAGUCCUCUUUGAGCAAGGGGACAGAAUGUGUGGUGUAUUAAAGGCUUUGGCCCUUAAGCUCCACACCCUCACUGAGAGGGCAGAGCUGUCAGUCAUGAGUCCAAAACGUGAUUCUCAAGAACACAGUGAAUUACACACACACACACACACACACACACACACACACACACACACACACACACACACACACACACACACACACACACACACACACACACACACACACACACACACACACUUCCAGGUAACUGUAGUACUUCUUAAUUCUUCUGAUGCAGACUUGUUAGGCAGUACAUAUGUAUACAAGUUAAGACUCCCCCAAUUUGAGUGUUCAGCACCUCCCUACCCACCCAUCCCCAGACUACCUCAGUGAUCUGUCUUGACUAGACCUUCUGUACGUACAGUGUUUGGUAUUCAAGGUCUGUCCUAUGACUUACAUAGUUGUAGCUCUUACUUCAGGAAACUUCACCGUGAUGCAAGAAUCUUGUCCAUUGAUCUUUGUAGUGUCCUGCACCCUAGUCUUGAUUUUGUUGUGAUUUUUGCUCCCAUGUCUCUCCUUGUUACCUGUCUCUCCUUGAAUUGUUUUUGUUAUGGUCCAUUGCAUUUUCAGUGGCGUGAUCUUGUCCUGUAUGUCUUUCUUUAAUGUGCAAAAACCCUUCUAGCAUUCUACUUGUACAUAUUUUUACAACCAUUUAUUUUGACUUACAUUAAUAUAUACAGCAGCUCACUUGUCAUGCAAAGUAUACAGUCAGUUAUAGCCUGUAAACAAUAAUAUAAUAAUAAUAAUACUUUAAAAUAAUAAAAAAUAUAAAAAAAAGACUCACUGUGACAUUAAAACUAGAACCUUUUGUCUCGUCUUCUCAAUAGAUACUAAAGAGUUCUUUGAUCAUAUUUUCCCCGUGCUGGAAUUAGCUUUUCUUAUUUCAUUACCAUGUACCUCCAACAGAAAAUCUGUUUCCUGUGUCCUCAGUGUUAGUGGGUGUGGUAGUGAUCUGAUGCCCUGAGGAGGGAGGUGUUAUAAUGACAGCAGCUUUUACCUUCCUAGGUGAGGCCAGCAGCUGGAGACAGAGGCUGUGCAGGCCAAGCUGUUGCUCAUAAAGAACAGUAAAUUGAUUUCUGGACUUACUAAACAAUGCUGUUAUCCCAGUACAUGCCUCAUGUGUAUAUAGCAGAGUAUUUCUCUUUCAAUGUAAUCCAUUGUCAUAUCUUCAUUUUCUCUUGUAUUAGAAGCAGACUUUUUCACAGUAACAAAUUUAAAGUGGCUUAUUUAGCUGUGCCAGAACAGGGAGUUUUUUGUAUGCCAUAAAUUAGUAUUCUUAUCGCUCUUCUUUAUUGUUGAAACCAAAGGCUAAACAAGUUUUAGUAACUAAUAAGUAUGUUUAUAUUUACACAAACUGAAGGAUCUCUUUCCCAGCUUAAGAGCUUGUCCCUUUCAAGUUAUAUCAAGAUUAUGCAAAUAUUUUUGUAUUUGUUGUUUUCUUAUUAUCUGAUGCUUCUUUUCCAUUCCUUCCUUCAUCCUCCCCUCCACUUCCCAUCUCUAUUUGACCAUCCCCACACAUUCUUAUAUGCCUCUCAAUAAAACACACUACAUAUCCUUGCACGCACACACACACACACACACACACACACACACACACACACACACACACACACACACACACACACACACACACACACACACACACACACACACACACACACACACACACACACACACACACACACACACACACACACACACACACACACACACACACACACACACACACAGACACACACACACAGUUUGGUUCUUCCCCUAUGAGAUGUAGCUUUCUUCCUUGACUCGUUUUAGGUUAUAGUACAUAGUGAAGUCUUCUUCCUGUCUUUUUCCAUUGGUCUCUAGUCAGUCAAGCUGAUUGGAGUGAGGACAAAAUAAAAAAAUGCUCAUGAUGAAUAAUAUACAGUAUAUGUCAGACUAUAGACAAACAAUCCAUUUAUUUCUAUAUAUAUAUUUUUUAUUUUGUACAUUUUUACCACCGAAAGUAUAUUUUAAUUGGAAGGAAUGUCCAGGUUUUCUCUGGUGUUGCCUGUAUUGUGUCUCUCUGGGUCAACAAGCCACCAUGAACAAUAGUACACAUAUACGUAUAUACAUUAGCUAACGAAGAGGCCUGACUAACUGUUUAGUUGUAGGAAGCUUGUACGUGCAUAGUGGCGUGCAGUGACCCUAUGCUGCUGCUGUUUGUGCCGAGGUGAAGACUCCCCUCAUUCCCUCAUGGACAAAACGAGCGAAACUUGUAAGGGAAGAAAACAAUCUUAAUCCUACAUACAACAGUUUUGCCUUGUGUUUCUCUGCACCUCGUAGCACAGAGCAUUAUUCUUCUGUGUCUUAGCUUUGAUCACCAAGGGGCCACGACAUGCUAUCAGUCACCUCCCAGUAAGCUACAUGCAGUCAUCCACCAGUUCCAUCAACACCAAAUAGUCGUCACCUGCCAUAUGGCCGCCAAAUGUAAGCAGACCUGAGUAAAGAAGCCAAAUAUUGCAUGCUAAUGUACAUCCCUGGAAAUGGCAGCGUCAAAACAGGCCACAUAAUAGUGAUAUGAUGCGUCUAUUCCCCUGGCAGUUGUAUAUUGAUGGUGUUGAGUGAGUGGCUACUUGGUGGUGGUGUGAUGGGUGUGUGUCGGUGUAUAGAACGUAUAGGGUUGAUUAACUAUACACAACAAUCUGUGAUUUACCAUUGUGGUUCCUCAAAAAAUUUUUUUGUGUGUGGAAUACUAGCUGUAAUAAUAGUAAUAAUAUUAAUCAUAAUAAUAAUAAUAAUAAUAAUAAUAAUAAUAAUAAUAACAGUAAAAUAAUAAUGAUAGUGUAUAUAGUGCAAGACAUACAAUGCUGUGAUGCUGUCUCCAUGCUGAUUAUCUUGGUUUCUCUUCUCAUAUGCUUCAAAUUGGGCCGGUGAUUAAGAUAACAGAGAUCUGACAGGGUAGAAAUGGGUGUCUCUCAUACUGUGUAAGGCCCGCGGUGUGUUGCCGUCUUACCACCUCUAAUCUUGUUGUGUUAUUCAUGUGGGGCUCCCCAGGUGGGUGUGAGGGGUCAGCUGGGAGGGGGCAUCACAGGUGUCUCAGAGGGAAGGGCCAGGUAACACACACCUGACUUGCCUCACUAUUAUAAAGUAUUGUAUAUUAAAAAAAAAAAAAAAAGAACUAAUGUGACAUGCGGUAUCAUGAGCUUGGUAUUGUAUAUUGGAGUCCUGAAAUGUGUUACUUGAUCAUGGAAAGUUUAUUUGACAGUAUAAUUAAAGUAAAAUAAUCGG